AUGAAAAUUAAAAAUAAAACAACAAAAUGUUUUACAAUAAUACCUCCUUCUUUAACAACUUCAACAACAAAAAAUAUAAAAUUAAGGAAUUAUAAUUUAAAUAAUAUUUAUAUUUUUUUAAUUAUAAUUUUAAUAAAUUUAAUAAUGAUUGAGCCAAUAAAAAGUAUGGAAAAUCAAAUUAAUUUAACACCAUUGGCAAGUAUGCCAGUUCAACCAUAUUAUAUAUUUCAACAAACUAUAAAUCAUUUAUCGUAUGAUACAAUUGGCACAUUUGAACAAAGAUUUAGUGUCAAUAAAAAGUUUGUACCGAUUAAUGGUAAACCCAAAGCUGUAUUUUUUUUAGUAAGUGGUGAAGGACCUUUGAGUUCAGAGAUUGUCAAUCAUAAUCCAUUCGUACAGAUUGCCAAUGAGACCCAAGCAUUAAUCGUUGCCUUAGAGUUACGUUACUAUGGUGAAAGUAUGCCAUUCCUAAAUAUGAAUAAUAGUAAUAUGGCCUACUUGACAACUGAUCAAAUAUUAGAAGAUUUGGCAACUUUUCAAGUAUUCUUUACAAACAAGUAUCAAUUGAAUGACAUAAAAUGGAUAAUAAUGGGUUGUUCAUAUGCGGGUACUAUCUCUGCUUGGUAUCGUUUAAAGUAUCCUCAUCUGGUGACUGCCGCCAUCGCUUCUUCGUCUCCAUUUCGUGCGGAAUUACGUUUCACAGAGUAUGAUGUCAAAGUUAGACAAAAUUUAGGUGCUCCGUGUAGUAAGGCCUUUAAAAACCUAUUCUCCUACAUCGAGCAUCUAAUGAUUAAAAAUAAUAGUUAUGUUAAAUCAAAAUUCACUUGUGAAAGACAAUUAGAUGAUCGUAUGUUCCUAUAUCUCUUAUCUGAAGCUUUAACCUAUUCUGUCCAAUAUGAUGCAAGAUUUAAAAUUAUAUCUGGUUUUUGUCCAAAAUUUGUAAAAUUAACCAAUAGUUCAGAAGCAUUAUUAGAUAUGUUUUCAUCCUAUGUAAAGAAUAUGUUUUUAUUUCAAAAUGUCUCAUGUGAUGCUUAUAAUUUAUACGAGUUUGCAAGUAAUGAAAUUGACUAUUCUGGUACACGUUCUUGGACAUGGCAAUUAUGUAGAGAGUAUGGUUGGUUUAUGGUACCAUCAGGACCAGACUCUUUUAAACCACAAUCAUUGGGUGAAUGUUGGUGGCAAAAUGAUGUUUGUAAAACAUUAUAUGGUAGAGCAAUGAGACCAACCGUUGAUCGUAUUAAUAUGGUCUAUGGUUCAACAAAUUUUAAAUAUAUAAGUAAUGUUUUAUUCACAAAUUGUGGUAAUGAUCCUUGGAGUACCCUUUCAAUUGAUCCAUCUGUUUCCUUACCAUUUUCACAACAAAUUCAUAUACCUGGUGAAUCUCAUUGUGCAAAUUGGUUAUCUGAACAACCAAGUGACUCAAUAGAGUUAAAGAAUGCAAGAGCAUUGGCAAAUUCAUUCCUAAGACAAUUUAUAAGACCAGAUUGUGAUGAAAAUGAUUGUAGUACAAAGAAUGGGUUAUGUAUUGCCAAAAAGUUAACUGAUUUACAAGCUACAUCCGUUUGUAUUUCAAAUGGGAAAAUUCAAAUUUCAAAUCAAUUAAAAAAUCAAUUAAAUAUAAUGAAAGAGAAUGGUACUACUAGCACAACAACAACAUCAAAUAAUGGUAAUCCUUCAACUACAAGUAAUUCAAAUAAUAAUAGUAUAAAUAACGAAAAUAAUUUAUCAUCACAUGCCGGUAAUAGUAUGGAUGUCGAUGAGGAUGACCAAAGAGAAGUUUGCUCCAGUAAUGGUUCAAUGUCUUCUUCUUCACCAUCUAAAAAUUCAUUAUAUUUUACAAAUACUCUUGCAUUAACAACUACUUUAUCAUUUAUUUCAAUAUUAUCGACUCUAAUUUUAAUUUUGUAA